AUGGUUUCUGCCAAGAAGGUACCCGCGAUCGCCACGUCCUCCCGGGUCAGUUUCGCCCUCCUGCACUUCCUUUGCCUGGCGGCUUGUUUAAACGAAUCCCCAGGACAAAACCAAAAGGAGGAGAAAUUAUGCCCGGAAAAUUUUACCCGCAUCCUGGACAGCUUACUCGAUGGUUAUGACAACAGGCUGCGUCCUGGAUUUGGGGGUCCUGUUACAGAAGUAAAAACUGACAUAUAUGUCACCAGCUUUGGACCUGUUUCUGAUGUGGAAAUGGAAUACACAAUGGAUGUGUUCUUCAGACAGACAUGGAUUGACAAAAGACUAAAAUAUGAUGGCCCCAUUGAAAUUUUGAGAUUGAACAAUAUGAUGGUAACAAAAGUGUGGACACCUGAUACUUUCUUCAGGAAUGGAAAGAAAUCUGUUUCACAUAAUAUGACAGCUCCAAACAAGCUUUUUAGAAUUAUGAGAAAUGGCACUAUUUUAUACACAAUGAGACUCACCAUAAGUGCGGAGUGUCCCAUGAGAUUGGUGGAUUUCCCCAUGGAUGGUCAUGCAUGCCCUUUGAAAUUUGGAAGUUAUGCAUAUCCGAAGAGUGAGAUGAUUUAUACAUGGACAAAAGGUCCUGAGAAAUCAGUGGAAGUUCCAAAGGAGUCUUCCAGCUUAGUCCAAUAUGACUUGAUUGGGCAAACUGUGUCAAGUGAAACUAUCAAGUCCAUUACGGGUGAAUAUAUUGUUAUGACAGUUUACUUCCACCUCAGACGGAAGAUGGGUUACUUUAUGAUUCAGACAUAUAUUCCGUGUAUUAUGACAGUCAUUCUUUCUCAAGUUUCAUUCUGGAUAAACAAGGAAUCAGUUCCAGCUAGGACUGUGUUUGGAAUAACCACAGUCCUCACCAUGACCACACUGAGCAUCAGUGCCCGGCAUUCCUUGCCCAAAGUGUCCUAUGCUACUGCCAUGGAUUGGUUUAUAGCUGUCUGCUUUGCUUUCGUAUUUUCCGCACUUAUUGAGUUUGCUGCUGUCAAUUAUUUUACCAAUAUUCAAAUGGAAAAAGCCAAAAGGAAGUCAUCAAAAGCCCCCCAGGAGAUCCCAGCUGCUCCAGUGCUGAGAGAAAAGCAUCCUGAAGCACCUCUACAGAACACAAAUGCCAAUCUGAAUAUGAGAAAAAGAACAAAUGCCUUGGUUCACUCUGAAUCUGAUGUCGGCAACAGAACUGAGGUGGGAAACCAUUCGAGCAGAUCCUCCACAGUUAUUCCAGGAUCUUCUGAAGGCACAUCGCAGUCUUACUUAGCUUCCAGUCCAAACCCAUUCAGCCAUGCGAAUGCAGCUGAAACAAUAUCUGCUGCAAGAGCACCUCUCUCUGCUCCUCCCUCUACUCCUGGGAGAACUGGGGACGUGCCCCAACAGGCUUCUGCUGGACCUGCUUCUACCCAGCGUGUGUUUGGAUCAAGACUGGAGCGAAUUAAGACCACUGUUAAUACCACAGGGGCUUCUGGGAAGUUGUCAGCAACUACUCCUCCUUCUGCCCCGCCGCCGUCUGGGUCUGGCACAAGCAAAAUAGACAAAUAUGCCCGUAUUCUCUUUCCAGUAACAUUCGGGGCAUUUAACAUGGUCUAUUGGGUUGUUUAUUUAUCUAAGGACACUAUGGAGAAAUCAGAAAGUCUAAUGUAAUUUUGUUGCUAGAAUAGUUUCCUAAAAGAUGAUGACCUUAAUACAGAAUGCCUUUUUACAUGUUUUUAAAGAUAAACCAUUAUUCUUUAUUAAAAUAAAAAGCCUAUGUAAUUUUUACAUUCAAAAACAAUCCAAGCCAGUUAUUGGGAAAGUUAAUCCAUCCCUCAGUGAAGAGAGAGUGAGCCAUCUUUCAUUUCAGAAAAAUGAUUUGAAUAGAAUCAAUUCAGCAUUCAAAUUAGAUGAAAUACAGACCAUCCUGGAAAGUUGGGACAAGAGAAAUAGGGCUAUUAGAGAUACAUGGUUCAUAUUUAUGCAUUGGAAUUUGAAAAUAGACUAUGACAUUUUUAAAUAUACACUAUGAAUAUCAACCAACAACCCUAAAUUUCCCAGUGGCGCUGCCCUUAAUCAGAAUUGUUUAUUGGAUAUCCUAUGCGGUGACCUUUGGAGAUUCUUCUAGUAUCAGCAAGAAAAGGACUUUCUCUGUUACAUGAAACAUUUUUUAAAAGGAAAAUGGAACAAAACAAAUACUGACUAAUAGAGUGAAACCUCUGCUGCGUCAAAAAACAAAAACAAAGGCCAGCGAAGACAUGUUCCCUGUCUUAUGUUGGUCAAACAGGACUUAAAACACUUGACUUGAAAAAUCUGUGCUUUGAGCCAAAGUUUAACUCCUUGUAUGAAUUCUUUUUGACAGUAGUUCAUUCAGUUAUGUAUUAUUUCAACAUAUAGUUAUUCAGAGCCUACUGUGUUCCAUGCACUAUGCUAGACACCGUCUCUCUAGGAAAGCUCUUUCACCUUAACCUAUGAUAUUACUUGAAUAGUAGAACAGUC